CGUGGCCCGUUAUCCUCUCCUCUCCUCUCCUCUCAAACUAAGUAUCCCGCCACCAUUCUCUCUGUCUCUCUCCCCGCCAUGACUGUACCAUUCAUCACUGCACAGAACUGAGCUCCAACAAUGGCGUCCCCUCUCUCUAUAUACUUCUCUCCAUAUUCUCUAGCUCGACCCAGCAACAAUCAAACUCGAAACCGUCAAAACAAAGCGAUACCACCCAGAAAUCUCCGUAAGAAUCCUAAUUAUGAGCACAAAACUCGUACAACCUCUCGCAACCUGCCUUUAUCCUCCACCUCCGGCGGCGAAGCCACCACCUUUACUCGUCUCCCUCCCAAAGACGACUUUGUAGAUUCUCCCUUCGAUUCUACAUUCCAAUCUCCGGCGGAAGUCAAGCUCUCCGACUCCACCAUCACACAAACCCCCAAUAAAAAUGUGUCUAAAGCGAAAAAUGAACUCGAAAAUGAUCGAUUGAGGAGUGAAGAUGAAGAAAUCGACGGAAAAUUAGCGUUUGAUUAUGGAAAUUUUGAGUUGUUUGAAAUAAAUUCAGAUUCUGAUUAUGGAAGUGACGAUGAUUUGGGUGACGAGCAUAAUAAUGAUGAAAUGUUGGGGUUUAGGGAUGAGGAGUUUGAAAAUAAGGGGUUUGAGGAAGAAGGGGAGGAGGAGGAGGAGGAGGACAAAGAGAAGCAAAAAGGAGUGCCGGCGGUGAUGAGAUGUUUUGACCGGGCAAAAAUAUACGUCAAAGCAGGGGAUGGUGGGAAUGGGGUGGUGGCGUUUCGGAGAGAGAAAUAUGUGCCGCUGGGCGGGCCGUCCGGUGGAGACGGAGGAAGGGGAGGAAAUGUUUAUGUGGAGGUUGAUGAAUCGAUGAAUUCGUUGUUGCCCUUCAGGCAAAGUGUGCAUUUUAGGGCGGGGAGGGGGGCACAUGGGCAGGGGAGGAAGCAGAAUGGGGCCAAGGGGGAGGAUGUGGUAGUGAAGGUGCCACCAGGGACGGUGAUAAGGGAGGCUGGCAAGGAUGGUGUUGAAGGGAAUGAGCUUUUGGAAUUGUUGCAUCCGGGGCAAAGGGCGUUGUUGUUGCCGGGUGGAAGAGGUGGGAGAGGGAAUGCAUCAUUCAAGUCGGGGACAAAUAAGGUGCCAAAGAUUGCUGAGAAUGGAGAAGAAGGUCUAGAAAUGUGGCUGGAGUUAGAGCUAAAGCUGGUUGCAGAUGUUGGAAUAAUUGGUGCUCCGAAUGCAGGGAAGAGCACAUUUCUCAGUGUCGUUAGUGCUGCUCAGCCAACUAUUGCAAAUUAUCCCUUUACAACUUUACUUCCAAAUCUGGGUGUAGUUUCAUUUGAUUAUGAUGCUACAAUGGUCGUUGCUGAUCUACCAGGUCUACUUGAAGGAGCACACCGAGGUUUUGGUUUAGGCCAUGAGUUUCUUCGGCACACAGAAAGAUGUUCAGUUCUGGUACAUGUUGUUGAUGGUUCGUCACAGCAACCAGAAUAUGAAUUUGAUGCGGUUCGCCUUGAGCUGGAAAUGUUUAAUCCUGAUCUUGCUGAAAAGCCUUAUUUAGUAGCAUACAAUAAAAUGGAUCUUCCAGAGGCAUAUGAAAAUUGGGUAUCAUUCAAGGAAAGACUACAUAUUCGUGGGAUUGAACCUUUUUGCAUGAGUGCUGUGAAGAGAGAGGGGACGCAGGAAGUAAUCUGUGCUGCUUAUGAACUUGUUCGGGAAAGAUUAGAAACCAAGAAAGAAGAGAGUUGGAAUGGUCCAUCAAAUUUGAACCAUGUUGCUGAUAUGAUGCGGAAGCAGCAAACUGCUCCUAUAAAUGAGUUUGAAAUUUCUCAUGACAGUGCUUCCAAUACGUGGCAUGUGGAUGGAGCAGGGUUGCAACGUUUUGUCCAAAUGACAAAUUGGAGAUAUAUGGAUUCUGAGAGAAGAUUUCAACAUGUUUUGGAGGCUUGUGGUGUAUAUAAAUCUCUUAUCAAACUUGGUGUAAAGGAGGGCGACACUGUGAUUGUUGGGGAGAUGGAGAUGGUGUGGCACGAUGCUUCGGACAAUUCCAAAACAUCAAAAUUAAGGAAGUGGUCAGUAGAUUCAAUUAAAUGACCUCAGAGACAUGAUUCGGCUCUGUUAUUCUGAUGCUAAUCAUGCAUAUUGGCCUGCUACUAAUUAUGGAAGAUUGUAUUGGGAUACUUCCAUUUUUUUGGAGUGAGAGAAUGAUCUGGAGGUUGGUCAAAGCAUUCUACAGCAACUACAAGAACUGGAGGUUUAAUGUUGUAUUGAGUCGGGAAUAGAGAAGUGGCUUAUUCGGUGUUGUAUCACAAUUCAUUCAUCCUCGGGCAUACCUGUUCACGAAAGGUGGCAUGGGACUGUUGAGUACAAAUCUUCAACAACUAAUGUAAGUAACUGUUGUUUUUAUGACCCGUGAUGAACCGAUAUAGCUUGAAGAUGAUCACAAAAUUAUAUCCAUCUAGAUGGUCUGUCUCAGUUGUACUCUGGUAGAUGUGCUUCAUAGGUGUUAGGAUCAUAACAUGUCAAGGAUUUUUUAUUCCUUAAUUUCCCAAUAAGAACUCUCUUUGUUUUCCUUCAUGGUUCUGUCUGUCACAAUUUGAUCAUCAAAUUGCUGAGAAUUGAUACUGGAUUUUCUUUGGGCUAAUGUCACUUUACACCACCCUCAAAGAUGUUUCGAUUCUCAAUUUGUACCCU